GUCUCGUCUCAGUAAUUUCUCUGCAUAUAUAACACCCAAAAGCCACCCCCUCUCUCUCUCAACGCACUUGCCAUUCCUACUUCCAGCUUAGUUUCAUUCAGGCCUACCUUAAAUGACGACAAAGGAGAUAGUGAAUCCGAAGGCAUACCCAUUGGCAGAUGCCCAACUCACCAUAACCAUUCUUGAUCUCAUCCAACAAGCUGCCAACUAUAAACAGCUCAAGAAAGGUGCUAACGAAGCGACCAAGACAUUGAAUCGGGGUAUAUCGGAGUUUGUUGUGAUGGCGGCGGACACGGAGCCUCUUGAAAUCCUUCUUCAUCUACCAUUGCUCGCUGAAGAUAAGAAUGUGCCGUAUGUCUUCGUUCCUUCAAAGCAAGCUCUCGGCCGAGCUUGUGGCGUCACUAGGCCUGUGAUUGCUUGUUCGGUGACGAGCAAUGAAGGCAGCCAGUUGAAAUCCCAAAUACAGCAACUCAAGGAUGCGAUCGAGAAGCUCCUAAUCUAGAGGAUAAUGGAAUCUUUCGGGGUGAUGGGCACUCUCCUGAGGCUUGGACUGAUGAAGUUGUGACACUUUGGGAAAAGUGAGUUCACUCUUCAUAGUUUUUCUUUUUCUUUCCCUUUUAAAAAAAUGAGUUUAGUGUUGUGGUUUCUUAGGAUGCAUCUGUUAGUAGGAUGUUUGAAAACCAUUAUUUAUUUGUUGGAAAGCCAUUAGCAGCUUUAUGUAUUAUGCUACCUUAAAAAACAAAAAGCUUUAUAUAUUAUAGCAGCUUUAUGUA